AUGGACUCGAAUGUACUGGAUUCUCUGCUGACCCUCACUAACAAACCUUUAAGCUCUUCACACCUUACAAGCACGACGAUGAAUGACAACAUUAUGUCACAAACCAUGGUCUCGUCCUUUUCUAUGGACGUGUCUGCUUACUCAAGCGAUUUGUAUGAAUAUCCCGCGACCAAACGACCUGUUGAUGGACUUUCAAACGCAUUUGUUAUACGUUGGGAGAACGUUUUGGUACCAACGAAGUGGAUGCGUCAGCAUCUUGGGCUCAAAUCGUCCGUUGCAGCUCUUCCGGCUGUAAAACAACGAAUAUUACGCCUUCGAAACCUUCCAGCAACAAUUGCUACAAUUGAGCAAGACAUGAUCCACUUGCUUACUUCAGUGUCCCAAUAUGGUCCAGUUUUUAUUAUCAGUGACGAUAGUUUACAAUAUGUUGAAGCAAUGUGCAAGACAUUGUUUCCACGAUUAGCUUUCUGUCUUCAUAGUAUGACGACAAUGACUAAUGUUCAUGUUAUUGGAGCUCCUAAGAGAUUUCAGUCGACAGCAGAGAAAACGGAAUGGAGAGCUCAGUUGCUACCAAGCCUUUGUCAAAAUCGACUCUUUGGCGGUACACCACAGAAAUUAUUGGACCCUCACACAGGCAGAUUUGGACUCGUUGUUGUGAGUCCAUAUUACACUGACAUUGCAUCAUGUGGUGACAUGUACAAAGCGGCACCGUAUGUUGUGGCAAAGAGUGUCUAUGUUCAAAAUGCAAGACAUCUCUGCCUUGAGGACUUUACAUUGCAUUUACGAACACUGGCAGAUUAUGUUCCGCAAGCUGCACCAUGCGACACAAGUUUCGCAAUACAAUUAUAA